UGUCAAACGUCAAAUCCAUUGUUCAUCAUGUUCGUGUUUUUAACAAAAAAUCAUAAAUCGCUCAAGGAAAAUCGAGACUAAGUUAUGACUAUAUAAAUCUAUGUGACAAGUUUAAUAAGUUUUUGGAUAAACUGGUAAUGGCUGUAAAUUUUGAAAGUUGUGACAGCUUACCUCCAGACGAAGAACCUAAAUUGAAAUAUGAUAGACUUGCAAAUGAUGUUCAAAACAUAUUGUUGAAAGACGCAGUGAGUUGUAUUUGUGUGCAUACAAAGUUCAUAUGUCUCGGUACACAAUGGGGCGUGAUACAUUUGUUGGAUCACGAAGGAAACACGGUGCCGAUAUCACAAGACGGAAAGAAUAAAGAAUUACAAGCUCAUGCAAUAGCAGUUAAUAGAAUCUCCGUGGAUCUGAAUGGAGACUACAUCGCAAGCUGCUCGGACGAUGGGAAAGUGUUGGUGUAUGGCUUGUAUAGCAACGACAACACUCACAACCUAACCCUCGGCAGGGUGAUCAAAUCCAUAGCUCUGGAUCCUUUUUAUUUCAAAUCUGGCUCAGGACGAAGAUUUUUAACAGGUGACACCAAAUUAACAUUAUAUGAAAAAACAUUCCUGAACCGUCUUCGUGGCACUGUACUAUGUGAAUGUGAAGGUUACGUGCAGGCCAUGUCAUGGCACGAACGCUUCGUGGCAUGGGCAAGCGAGGUCGGGGUUCGGGUUUACGACCUUGUUGCUCGUUGCUCACUUGGUCUUAUCCAGUGGGAAAAAAGUCCCAACAGGUCUAUUGAAGAUUACCGCUGCAACCUCCUCUGGUCCGCUCCUAAGACUCUCAUGAUUGGUUGGGUAGAUACUAUCAGAAUAUGCGUGAUAAGAAAACGAAGCCAAAUUGAACUUCAAACUCGAGAUGUCACUGAGUAUUUAGUCGAUCCAGUGUACACAUUCCAAACUGACUACUUCAUCAGUGGCUUGGGGCCUCUGGAUGAUCAGCUAGUCUUACUAGGGGUACCCAAGGAGUGUGAUCCCGAAACCGGUAAGGCACAAAGACCUGUCCUCACGGUUGCUGAUUAUAAAGACUGUGAAUUCUGUGAAAUAUCAACAGAUAGCCUUAAUAUUCGUGGGUACGAGGAAUAUUCAUGUAAUGAUUAUUAUUUAGACAUGCUCAUAGAGGAAAAUAGAUUUUUCAUAGUAUCUCCCAAAGACAUUGUCGUAGCAAGCCCUACGAUAUCGACGACAGAGUGAAAUGGCUCACAGAACAAGGUCGAUUCGAGAAGGCGCUCACCGUUCUCGAAGAAGUGGGCGGCAAGACUACAAAGCACUCAGUCGUGACAGUUGGAGUACAGUAUCUCGACCAUUUGAUGGCUGAGCACUUGUACGAGGAAGCGGCUAUUCUAUGCGCCAGGAUAUGUAAAAAUGACAAGAAUUUGUGGGAGACCCAGAUAUUGAAAUUUUCUGAAGUCAACCAGUUACGCGUCAUCAGUCCCUAUGUACCUAAAACUCCUGAACAAGCAUUAAGCUCGCACAUUUACGAAUUAAUAUUUUAUGAAUAUCUCAAAUUAGACUCACAAGGAUUCCUGAAACUAGUACAAGAAUGGAAUCCUACUUUAUACAAGACUGGCGUUAUUGUAAAGGAAGUUUUAGAACACCUACUUAAUACCGAAGUCGAUAAGAAUAUUUAUUUAGAGGCUUUGGCUCUUUUGUAUUGCUACCAAAAGAAAUACGAUAAAGCUUUAACGACCUACUUGACGCUCCAACACAAAGAUGUGUUCACGCUGAUCACGAAACACAACAUGUACAAUGUGAUACACGACAAGAUACUGGAGCUGAUGUCUCUCGACUCCGACAAGGCGACCGCUGUACUCCUCGACAAAACCAAAGUCCCCGUCGAAGUGGUAGAAAAGCAACUGGCCAACCACGACCUUCUCUUGUUUAAAUACUUAGACGCCUAUAGCAAAAUUGAACCAAAUGGGAGAUAUCACGGUAAGUUGGUUAGGCUUUAUGCUAAGUACGCAAGGGACAAACUUCUUCCAUUUUUGAAAUGUAGCGAUAAUUAUCCAAUACAAGAGGCUUUGGACGUAUGCCAAAACAAUUUGUUCUAUCCAGAAAUGGUGUUCUUGUUGGGACGGAUCGGAAAUACAAGAGAAGCUUUACAAAUAAUUAUUGAACAAUUGAAGAACAUAAACCAAGCUAUCAAUUUCUGUCAAGAACAUAAUGAUAAAGAAUUAUGGACAGACCUCAUCAAGCGAACAGUAGACAAGCCCGAGUACGUGACGCUACUGCUUAAAAGAAUAGGUAACUACGUAGAUCCGCGAAUGUUGAUACAAAACAUACAGUCGGGAUGUGAGAUAAAGGACCUGAAGGAGUCGCUCGCGAAAAUGAUGUGCGACUACCACCUGCAGCUGUCGGUGCAGGAAGCUUGCAAGGUGAUCACGCUGCGGAACUACUUCGAACUGCACCAGAAGCUGAUCGUCAACCAGCAGAGAGGUAUAUCUGUCACGGACGAUUUCAUGUGCUGUGCGUGCCAGGCCGGAUCAUAAUAAGAGACUUGUCCAAUGCCUCAGACUUGAUGGUGUACAACUGUAGGCAUUCGUUCCACAAAGAGUGCCUUCCCGACGGAGACCAGUGCCAGACUUGUACGGUGUGCAGUGCCGUCAAAAUGUGACCUAAAUCAACAAAGCUCAACUCUUAGAUAGAUACUGUAUAUAAUGUGUAAACAAUAUUUUCCGUUACCGAUUUGUUUAAUUAUGUUAAUCAAACUCAUUAUUAUUUAAAUGUUUAUCAAUGUUUGGUGCUUAUAAUGAAGUGGCUUUUAUUAUUUUUCCUUGUAUUAGAAAAACUCAGAUAAUAUAAUAAUAAAUAUAAACCAAUAUAGCUAUGUAAAGUAUACAA